AUGGAACGAGAUAAGCGGGUUGGUGGUGUACAAAACAUUAGAGAAUUACGGGAGGCUGCUUGGUUUGGCUUGGGGGCUGGUGAAAGAAGUGCAUCUUGGCUGAUUCUAUUGGAUGUCUUAGGAGCAGAUAGAGAUAAUUGGGAGGAACAGAUGAAAAGUAGACGAGUGAUUUAUAAUGGACUAGUACAGGGAUUAGAUAAACCAAGUGUAUCGCCUGAUAUUCUAUCGCCUUCUUUACUGCCACAAAAGAUAGUCAAACAGAUAGAGAAAGAUAUGGUGCGAAUGGAGUCGGUCUUAGGAGAAACCUUGCGAGAACGGUGUUUGCGAGCUAUGCGGAUCUUUUCACGUAAGCAUCCAGUUAUUGGGUAUGUUCAAGGAAUGGGUGAGAUAUUUAAAGUGUUUUAUGAGGUACAUGCGGCUGAAUACUCAGCCAUAGAUGCCGAAAUGCUAGCUUACUUUUGUUUUGCCCGGAUAGUAGGACAGGCUUUAGAUUGUUUUGGAUCGGGACAGCUAGGGAUUGAACGAUCAAUUGAAGAGAUUGACGAAUUACUAGAGAAGUAUGCUCAACGUGUUAAAGAGGUUUUAGUGCGUAAAGGAGUUGAAGUGAAGUACUUUGCUUAUAAUUGGAUGUCUACUUUUAUGUUUCGGGAGUUUGCUGAUUAUAAGAAGGUAAUGGAUGCUCACUUUUCCUUGGGUGUGCCGGGUUUCUUACGGUUUAACAUUUCAUUUGCCACUUCGGUGGUUAUCUUUUUUAGGAAGGAGAUUGCCAGAGAUAGUUUUGAAGAUAUUCUGGGGUUGUUACAAAAUCUGAAUAGAUACAAAUGGGAGGCAGAUGUAUUAGAUAAGAUCUUAUCCAUGGCGUAUAUUCUCUAUUCCGAUGGCAGACUACAAUUGGAAUAG